AUGAAACCCUCAACUGCUGCCAUUUUCCCGACUCUACCCGUGGAACUCAUCGAGCUCAUUGCAGAAUCAGUUGAAUCAGUUGACUCCGAUAGCUUACUAGACCUACGUCUUGUCUGUCGAGAUCUUCAGAAGAAAACUUUCAACCAUUUCGCUCGUCGAUUCUUUUCAUCUAUUAGAACAGACCUCUCAGAAGAAAGUCUCAGUCGAAUCAACGCGCUCUCCCGUCAUGAAGAGCUCCGACCCCACGUUCAAGGACUAGCAUUUAUGCUACAGAAUGGUAUUGGUCGUGGCUUGGUAUGGAAUCGUCAUUCAUGGGGUUCUUUGUCAUCGCCUAUGGAGAUCGAGCAAAUCCGCCGACUUCGUGAUAAUCUUGUCAACAAUCUCAUAAAUUGUCGUUCAUUCUUCAUUGUCUGCCGAUACCCUGAAGGUCAUCCGGAUUUAAAUCGUGUUACAGUCACCGAUGCAGUUGCCGUGUUUUUCGCACUCGUCGUGGACUCACAAUUGCCAGUCUCAUCGUUUCACCUGGUAUAUGCGAACAGAAGUUCUCGCACUCUGAUGAUGGAUAUGCGACGAGUGCCCAAGCUCCUAUAUCGUCAACCGAAGUUUCACAUGGUCUGGUCAAAUCUCCAAAAGCUGUCAUUGGAGCAAUAUUUGACUCUGGAUAACUUUGGAUUUCUCCUUGAACUGGUGCUUUGCGCACCCAAUCUCAAGACCCUAUUACUUAACUUGGGAUCGCAUGACUUGGCCGCUGAAUUCAUGCACGAGUUAGCAGAGACUGUCUCGUUUACCCAACUAGAGGAACUAGCUCUGUUCAGGACUGCAUUAAGGGCGAAGGACCUGAUGAAGCUGCUGACAAGCGCUCAAGAUACAUUAAAAAUACUCACAUUUUAUCGCAUUUCCGUACUUCAGGAAGAUAACUGGUCAUCGGUUCUAAAAAGCCUCAGUCAAGGUUUUGUGAAUUUGACAGCGAUUUCACUAUAUUAUCUAUGGUCGAAUUUCCCCAAAGGGGAGCUGCUAUCGUUUCCAGGUCUUGAAAAGUCACCUGUUAUUUGCCAGACUCCCGACCAGCGUUUGCAUAUUUUCUACACUGAAAGCCAGAAGACUCAAACUGCGCUAGGAGUUGAAUACUCUGGAUCGAACAUGUCUCAAGUCUUAAGCUUGUUACAGACAACGACUGUCUACUUGUAUGAUACCGCGACCUAG